AUUUUUUACUUUGCUAUGCCAUUUUGAUACCCUUUUUAAGUUAUGAAGGCGUUAAUUUUUAUAAAAUUCUUGUGUACAUGAAUUAAAAUAAAAAGCACUAAAUAUUAUUUUAUUUUAAAAUGAUGAUGCCGAUGAUGAUGAUGAGAAUGCAUCAUCGUGGUGGUGGUGUAUCUAAUAUUCUGCUGCACCUCACCGUACUCUUCUCGUCCCCAUCACCAUAUUCAUCUUCCUCUCUUCCUCACUCUUCCUUCCCUAGUACAUUUCGGUUUACCACUGCAUCAAUGGCCUCCGCCGACACCGGAAAGACGUCGGACAAACCUCAGCCACCGGCGGCGAAGAAGGUGGAGCACGUGAUGGAGCUCUUUGGGGACGUGAGGGUGGAUAACUACUACUGGCUCCGAGAUGAUUCUCGUUCCAACCCUGAAGUGCUUUCCUACUUGAAGCAAGAAAAUGCUUACACUAAUUCCAUUAUGUCCGGGACUAAAGCAUUUGAAGCAAAGCUGUUUGAGGAAAUAAGGGGAAGAAUCAAAGAGGACGAUGUUUCUGCUCCACAGCGAAAGGGGUCUUACUACUACUACAAGAGAACUUUGGAAGGGAAGGAGUAUGUGCAAUACUGUCGGCGACUUCUUCCUCAUUCUCAAGCUGACCGUCCAGCAUCUGUCAAUGAUACAAUGCCCAUUGGUGAUGAUAAUCCUCCGGAGCAUGUGAUAUUGGAUGAGAAUGUUAAGGCUCAAAAUCAUGGAUAUUACUCCAUUGGUGCUUUUAAGAUCAGCCCAAAUCAUAAAAUGGUGGCAUAUGCUGAGGACACCAAAGGGGAUGAGAUUUAUACCAUUUAUGUCAUUGAUGCUGAGAGUGGAGCUCUUGUAGGGAAGCCUAUAGUGGCUGCAACUUCAUAUGUGGAAUGGGCUGGUGAUGGGGCUCUGGUAUAUGUCACAAUGGAUGGAAUUCUCCGCCCUGAUAAGGUCUGGUUACAUAAGUUGGGAACAGAUCAAUCAAGUGACUCCUGUCUUUAUCACGAAGAGGAUGAAACUUUUUCUCUUGAUCUGCAUGCGUCAGAGAGCAGAAACUUCUUGUUUGUUGCAUCUGAAAGUAAAAAUACUAGAUUCAACUUUUACCUUGAGGUUUCAAAGCCUGGAGAUGGGCUUAAGGUACUGACACCUCGUGUGGAUGGCAUUGAUACAUCUGUCAGCCAUCGUGGAAAUCAUUUUUUUAUCCAGAGGCGAAGUGAUAAAUUUUUCAAUUCUGAAAUCGUCACUUGUCCACUGGAUAAUGUAUCUGAAACAACACUUCUAAUUCCUCACAGGAAAAGUGUCAAAAUUCAGGACAUGCAACUAUUUAACGAUCAUCUUGUUGUGUAUGAGCGUGAAGAUGGUCUGCCAAAAGUAAUUGUUUAUCGCCUUCCAGAUGUUGGGGAACCACUUAAAAAACUUCAAGAUGGGCAGGCUGUUGAUUUUUUGGAUCCUGUAUAUUCAGUGGAUCCAGCAGCGUCAGAAUUUUCUUCCAGCAUUUUACGGUUUUCUUACAGCUCAUUGAAGACACCCCCCUCAGUAUAUGAUUAUGAUAUGAAUACAGGCGAUUCAGUUCUGAAAAAGAUUGAUCCAGUUUUGGGAGGUUUUGAUGCAUUGAAAUAUGUUACUGAGAGGAAAUGGUCUACUGCUUCAGAUGGCACUCAGAUUCCUAUAUCAAUUGUUUAUCGAAAGGAUAUUGUGAAACUUGAUGGGACUGAUCCCUUACUACUCUAUGGCUAUGGUUCUUAUGAGGUUUGUAUAGAUCCCAGUUUCAAGGCGUCAAGGCUGUCUUUGCUAGAUCGGGGAUUUAUUUAUGCUAUAGCACACAUUCGUGGGGGUGGAGAAAUGGGGAGGCAGUGGUACGAGAAUGGGAAGCUUUUAAAGAAGAAAAAUACUUUCACUGAUUUCAUUGCCUCUGCUGAGUAUUUAAUAGAAAAUAAGUACUGUUCGAAAGAAAGAUUAUGCAUUAAUGGAAGAAGUGCUGGGGGAUUGCUUAUUGGUGCUGUUCUUAACAUGAGGCCUGAUUUGUUCAAGGCUGCUGUUGCUGGAGUUCCUUUUGUAGAUGUUUUGACUACAAUGCUUGACCCAACCAUCCCUCUCACAACUUCGGAGUGGGAGGAAUGGGGUGACCCACGUAAGGAGGAAUUCUACUUCUACAUGAAGUCGUAUUCUCCUGUUGAUAAUGUUAAGUCUCAACAUUAUCCGCACAUUCUUAUCACAGCUGGUCUACAUGAUCCACGCGUUAUGUAUUCAGAACCUGCCAAGUUUGUGGCAAAAUUAAGGGAUAUGAAGACCGAUGAUAACAUCCUGUUGUUUAAAUGUGAAUUUGGUGCUGGUCAUUCUUCCAAGUCAGGGAGAUUUGAGAAGCUGCAGGAAGAUGCUUUCACAUAUGCUUUCAUAUUUAAGGCUCUUGAUAUGAUUCCAGUCUAAGGUGUCUGAACAGAAAUGAAGAAAAUGGAUUUUGGAACGAUCUAACUCCUUAGAUUGAAUUUUUAGUUGGUAAAACAAUUUCAUUAACUCCUUCCAACUCCUUAAAUUCUAAUAUCGGAGAGUAUGUCACAUUCUUGAUUAAAACAAUGCUUGGAGUGAAAAGGGAGAGUUUGUGUGUUUGUUUGUUUUUGUUUCCUUUUUUUUUUUUUUUUUUUUUUUUUUUUUUUUUUUUUUUUUUUUUUUUCCUUUUUGGGGGGGUGAAACGGAGAGAGACAGAGAGGCAUGUUCAAGACUUCUGAUAUUCAGUUGGCUUGGAAAUUUUACAAGUUGUUUGUCAUGUAUUUAAAUCUAUUGUUGCUUCUGAAAGAUUUAUACUUAUUUCUAAAACCACAAUAUAAUUUUUUAUGUUUCUUAUGCAA